GGAAUAGGGGGAGUCGCUUGGUGUCCACUUUGAAGCCUAUGGGGAUUUUUCCUAACCCAGAGGAAAGGUGACAUUAGGAAACAAUAGUGAAUAACAAUUUCACAGGUGUUUCAUUCCCUGCACCUAAUGUGGAUGACCUUGGCAGCUUCUCUCCUUGAGCAUGAAGUGCAUCAUUACUGGUGGUAAUGUGAAAGCUCUGGGAAAAGCGGUGCACUCUCUCUCCCGCAUUGGAGAUGAAGUCUACAUUGAGCCGCUGAAGGAAGGGCUCUCUUUACGUGCAGUAAAUGCAUCUCGUUCGGCAUAUGCCUGCUUCCUGUUCGCCCCACUCUUCUUCCAGCACUAUGCACCUGGAGAAUCAAGGCCUGUCCCUGAUGCAGGCCCUGUCAGAUGUAAAGUGCUUAUGAAGUCUUUCCUUGCUGUAUUCCGCUCACUUUCCUUGCUGGAGAAGACUGUGGAGAAAUGUCUCAUCUCACUGCGUUUCUGCGCCAGCAGGCUCCGUGUGCAACUGCACUGCAAAUAUGGUGUUAUCAAGACCCAUGACUUAUUGUUCCAGGAGUGUGAAUCACUGCAGGCAGUUUUUGACACAGAACAGUGCACCCAUACUCUGCGUGCUCCUCCCAGGUUAUUAGUGGAUGCUGUGGUCCAUUUCCCAUUGACACUGGCUGAGGUGACAAUGAGUGCCAGCCCUGGUGGGAAAGUGACCUUCCGAAGUUAUCUGGAAGAAGAGCCAGAGGCUGGACAGACGAUGCUGACAGAGCUGUGUUUGAGUGAGGAUGAGUUCCAGGUAUUCCAUGUCAAGGAGGAGACACAAGUUACAUUCUGCCUUAAGGAAUUUCGGGGUCUUCUAAGUUUUGCAGAGUCUUCAAGUCUUCCCCUUAAUGUCCACUUUGACAGCCCUGGCAGGCCAGCCAUCUUCACUUUAGAGGACCCCCUGCUGGAAGUGCAACUGGUCUUAGCCACACUGUCAGAGACAGAUAGUCACAGUUCCCAGAUGACCAGCUGUACAGCCAAGGCUGUUGCACCUGCUUAUGACUUCACCAAUGAUGAUAUUGAUGCCUACAUGAUUGCCAUGGAAACCACAUGUGCUGGCAUGGAUCAGGCGUGUCCAUCUCCCAGUCCCACCUUCCCUACACGAUGUACCAGUUCUGACACAAAAGACUUGGAUAAUGAUCAUGAAGAGACUGUGCCAGGCACACCGCCACAAAAAAAGUUCCGUUCCUUGUUCUUUGGCUCCGUCCUAAACCAGUCGCAGACCCUGCCCUACCCAGGCUCUGGGCAAGAGGUGCUAGCAGAGGACAGUGAGGGAGAAUCCUGAGAAGGUUUCUGCCCAUUGAGAUGCAACAGGUGCUUCAUCAUGACAGCCAAGAAGAACAACUGCAAUUGGUGGACUAGGGAGAAACGACCAGUCCACUCCUCUCCAGAUAAGAAUCAAGAGGAAUCCCAGGAAUGCAAUCCAUAGAGACCUUUCCUUAUCACAAGCACUCAUUUCUUAUAUGGCAGUGUUUCUGUGGGCAAAAAAGCUGCUUGCUGCUGCAGACAGGACCCUGCAGGCCUAAUAUAUUCAAUGAUGAGCUCAAUAUUUUUGCAAUGCUGUUGAAAAAUGUGAAUGUGCAGAUCAGAUGCUAUGUUGCAACCGUCUUUUGACUGACCUAGAGAGGCAUGGUAGGUCCAUUUUCCAGUAAAUAUAUUUCAAGGUGUUUGGACAACUGUAAACUAUUGACACGAGAGGCAGAUCACUAGUUCCACCCUUACUUUGAUGCCUUCUGCAGCUCCAGAAGCAGCUUUCUCUCCCUCCUCCUCCACAAUUAAUCUGUUAUGGAGCUUAACAUAUCAUUAGUCAUAAAGUGUGUAGAAGCUGAAAGAGGACCACUGCAGGAAGUGAAAUACCAGGGGCGGAGAUGUUAGAGCUACAUUAUUGGCCCCAAAAGUCAUCAGAGGUGGUGGUAAAGGGCUGAACUGGACCACUGUUAGGGCUUUUUCUGUACCACUGCUUGUGCCCUGGUCCAUGCCAAACAGCCAGAGAAAGUAGGCCCUCAGGAACAGCCUACUGGGGGAUCUGCAGAGGGAGAGGGGGUUGACAGGAAUUGGUGGAACCAUAUAUAUGAAUACUGGCACUUUUAAAACCAAACAAAAAUCACUGGGCAGAACUACUUCUCAUUUGCUGUAGGGCCUGCACUAAGUUAAAAAAGUAUUAUGAGAAACUUCUUGGAUUUAUUUUUACAGCAUAAAUCCCCUUGAGCAUAGUCGCAACUGCAAGAAGCAACCUAUAAUCUGCAGAAAUACAGACUGCUCAGUCUCUUAGGUGGAGUCCAAAUAUGCAAGCAGUUGUUUAUGGGAACAUAACUCUGCAGUUCUACAAUACAAUGCCACUGACCUUACCACACAUAGUAUCACCCAGAAAACAACAUAAAUCUCCUCACAGUGGUCCUGCUUUGCCCCUUUUUCUGAUUAAGCCUGCCAAGAUUGUCUGGGUCCAACAGGAAAGCUCAUAAUACAGUGUUUUGGGUUGAGCUUUAAAGAGGCUAAGAUCUUAAAGAGAAGAAACAAAAGGCUGAUUCAUAUUUCAAAUGCAAGGGCAAAGGACCCCUUAAAGAGCUUGCAGCACAUGAGAGAGAUCUGCUAGGGUUAAAAUAAAUGCAGUGUUUAUAGCAGCUCCCCUUGGAAGUCCCUAAUGGGAAGAAGAAUGUAUGUGGGGAAUGGGUUCACAGCUGGACUGCACCACUGGCCACUAGUUACAGUAGACCAGGGGUAGGGAACCUUUCACACCCAAAGAGCCAUUUGGACCCGUUUUCCACGGAAAAGAAAACACUUGGAGCCGCAAAUACUUUUUGACAUUUAAAAUGAACACUGUGUGUGUGUGUGUACGUACACACACACACACACCCCUUUACGCUUUGUAUAAAACAUCUAUUUCUACACUGCAGAAGAACUCUCUUCUAAUCCCAGCUUCUUACUCUGGGAUGUAAUAAACCUAGAAAGCAUGGUAGUGUCACUGUUUUUGAAGGCAAGGUUAUAGUUAUCAAAUUUUCAAACACACUGAAUUUAUUAAAAUUUGGAAGCAAAGGA